CCGCCAUUAUAGAUUCCGUUGUGAGUGACCGAGUAUCUUCGCAAUUGCGACUUCUCACGGAAAACUCCGUUGUUCGCGCCUUCGAGGAUUUUGCUCCGUCGUUUCACUUGUCGCGGAUUCGAAGAGAGUAGAGGGAGAGAUAAAAAAAACAGAGGAAAAGGGCUGAUUUGGCUAACUUGAGCGAGAAAAAGACGUACGGGCGGAUAAAGCAACGAUGAAAACGUACAGCAGAAAAAAGGGCGACAGUCCGAGUAACGUAAUCAUCCAUGUAAACGAGCUGUGCCGACUGUGUUUGGCCAAGGAGGAUGAAAUGGUGCCGAUUUACGAAGACAAAUCCCUGCCGGUGCCUCUGGCGUUGCGUAUAUACGCCUGUGUUAACGUCGAGGUUUUUGAACAGGAUGGCCUGCCUAACAUGAUAUGUCAUCCAUGCAAAUAUCAGCUGGAAAAAUCCUAUCAGUUCAGAAAAAAAUGUCAGGUUGCUGAUGCAAAGCUUAAAAAACAUAUUAAAUUAAUAGAGCAGCUUGAACAAGAUCAAGAAAGUGACAGUCAGGAAAGCAGAGAAAAUUCAAAAGAUUCUACAACUGGCAAGUCUAAACAAGUUAAGCAGCUGUUGGCUAAUUUAGUCACUGUUAAAGGUAACAGUAGUCAAGUAGAAGGAGAGUCACUCGAAAUGACAGAAGAGGAACUUGUUGGUGGCUAUAUAUUGGGAAUGAGUUCUGAAAACCCAGAGAUGGAAGUGGAAGAAACUGCUUCAGAAGAUCCAGGCAACAUUACACUGGUACCGGCUGAGGAGCGGACUGCAAAGGCGCGAUGCACGAUUAGAACAACUCGUAUCAAACAGGAGCAGGAAUCGGAUGACGAAGCAGAAGAAGUUCAGAGAGCGAUCGCAAAUGCUGAACAUAAAAACGUUUACGUAAUGGAAGUCGAUACUGACAAUCCUAAUCAAAGCGAAUCAUUAAAAUUACAACCCAUGUCUGAUACGUUAGUUGACCCAAAUUCGGAGCUCAAAGUGUUUAAAUGCGACAAAUGUCCGAAAGCUUUUACCCGCAGAAUAAUGUUGAAAAGUCAUCAGUCAGUGCAUUCCACACAAAGGGGUUUUACAUGUCAAGCAUGUGAGAAGUGGUUCCCGACAAGAUCUGCUUUAGUAAGACAUGAACGUACACAUACAGGUGAGAAACCGUUUCCUUGCAAUAUAUGUCAUCGUGCAUUCGCACAGAAAGAAAUUCUGUUCCGCCAUCUUAUGACACAUUCUGGGCAAAAGCCAUUCCAAUGCGAGCACUGUGAAAAGAGCUUCACACAACGAGAAGCGCUUAAGGUACACAUGCGCCGACAUCAAAAACUAAAUCCGAACGACAUCCAAUUGCACCACUGUCAACUCUGUCCGAAAGCAUUUUGUCACGCGUCAGGUCUUAGCAGGCAUUUAGUAACACACACUGGUAGAACAUACAAGUGUGUUGAAUGCGAGAAGUCAUUUACCGAUAAAAGUUCGCUGCUGCGUCACAGUCGUAUCCACGCGCCUAAGACAGUCGUGGCAAACUAAAUGGUGGAUACUUUCCACUUGUCGUGACUCGUGUCGAUUUAGGUUUAACUAAAGUCAAAAGCUCUAUGUCAAGUCUUAAAAGCACUUAUUUGUGCAAACUCGUAGCAAAAAAGAAGUAAAAGUCGACUUGAGUCAUUGACACACAGCAACACCAAUCUAAAAUCUCAAAUAAUACAAGACAAAAACAAAAAGCAUUUUUCACUAUUCAGUGUGUCGAGACUUUCCUGGGAUAUGGUCUCGUUGUUCUAAAGUUUAUGAUCUUCUAUUACGGGCCAGUGAUCUUAGGAGAGAUGGUAUAUUUUUGCACUUAAGAGGCACUGACUAUGACGUUGACGCUUGCUAUUCUGACACAGAGAUGGAAAGACUAGUAGGCGUCAAUGUCGUAGCCAGUGCCUCUAAAGUGGAAAAAUAUAUCCUUUCUUUUUAUGAUAAAAGAUCUCGGGGUCCUGAUGAUUCAACUUUAGACGGCCUGAUUGUAUUAAGUGGAUACUUUUGUAGGACUGUGUGUAGCAAAGUUAUAUGUGCGACUGUCACUAUGUUGUAGCUUACUUGACGACAUUGACGAGUGACAUUGUUUUCUAUAAAGUUUAAAUGAACAACUAAAUAAAAUACUUAAUUUUCUUUUUUAUUUAGUUUUUGUUGUUCAAUGCAAUACUAUUCCAACUGAACAUCACAGCGAUCGUUAUUAACAUACACACUCAUAACAUCGAGAAAAUUUUGCUAACUAAAUUUAUGAAAGAUUUAUGUUUAGGUUUUGUUUUGCAAUAAUCGCAUAAUUUUUACGUAUAAGUUGUAAUAUUAAUAACAUUUGUUUCAGUUAUUCUUGUAUAAAAUGCUAUCGACUGUUUACUGAAUUAUUAGAAUUUAAUGAAUUCGAAUGAUGAAUAUUUGAUUAAAAUUAGAUUAUUUGAUAAAAAUUAAAUCAAGUUUUUAUGCAAGGAUG